ACUAUAAAGAUGAAUGCCAUGUUAAGCAGACAUUGUACUAAGCUCACUUCAAAAACAUAGCAGCCAUGGCAGUCCGUAUGCUUCUUGCGUUAGGUGUCCUACUACUCUGCCUUGCAAAGGUUUCAUCUGAUCUGAAGGCAGAAGAAGAUAUAACCAAUGUCGGGGAGGUGGGUUCUUUGGUUACCAGAGGCGGAAACAGAAGACUGAUGCUAGAGAUUGAUUGUGGAGGAUUAUGCAAGAAAAGAUGCAGUCAACACUCGAGGCCAAACAGAUGCAACAGGGCGUGUGGGACUUGCUGCUUGAGGUGCAAGUGCGUGCCACCGGGGACUUCAGGGAACAGGGAGGUCUGCGGGACCUGCUAUACUGGCAUGACCACCCAUGGAAACGUUGCCAAGUGCCCUUAACCUUUACGUCGCCCAAUAUGUGUUGCAUCCAUCAAGGGGAAAAAUGAAAUGUUUGUUUGUGUAAUAUGUAUGUUGUAGCUCAGACGUCUCACCUACUCCUAAAAUUAUUAGUACUUGUAAUAUAUAUUUUUAAAAUAGUAGUAUGCAUUUAGCCUCCGUUCAGUAUUACAAUGUGGCUUGCUGGUUUGGUAUUAUAUUUAAUAUGAUAUCUAUAAGUUGUUAGAUCUUUAAAA